CAAGAGCUAGCUACAUCCUCACUUAGCAGUGCUCUAGCUACGACAUCACACAACUAGUCGAUCGAUCUUUCGCAGCUUACGCUCAGUAAUCAGUUGCGUUGUCAACAAUGCAAGGCCUCGCAUCAUCAUCCAAGCUGUCACUGGCCGUCGUGGUCGCGGCGUUUCUGCUGGGCUCGGCGGCCGCCCACGGCCUGAGGAGGGUCGUCUCCAGCAGCUCCGACGAGCCGUGCAUCGAGAUGACGCUCUACUACCACGACAUCCUCUACAACGGCGUCAACAACACGCGGAACGCGACGUCCGCGGCGGCCACCAAGCCCACGGCGCUGAGCACCACCCACUGGAAGAACGGCACCUACUUCGGCACGCUGGUGGUGUUCAACGACCCGAUGACGGUGGGGAAGGCGCUACCCGUGGCGGGGGAGGAGCCCGCGGCGCGCGCCCAGGGGUUCUACUUCUACGACAAGCAGGAGUCCUACACCUCGUGGUUCGGCUUCUCCAUCGUCUUCAACUCCACGGCGCACAAGGGCACCAUCAACCUCGUCGGCGCCGACCUCAUGGACGACAGGACGCGGGACCUCUCCGUCGUCGGCGGCACCGGCGACUUCUUCAUGGCGCGCGGCGUCGCCACGCUCCGGCUCGAUGCCUCCGAGGGAACCGUCUACUUCCGUCUGCAGAUGGACAUCAAGCUCUACGAGUGCUACGUGUGAGGAAUUAUAUUAGCUAGGGUGACACACCCAUUUGCUCUGCUGCAUGGUGCGGUAAGGAUGGUGCUGUUGGGUGUGCUUUUCGAUUUAUCUUGGUGUAAGAGGGCAGGUUUGUGUGUCGUUUGUCUUUACUGUGUUGGUUUGUAAGUGUUAGUUCAGGAGAGGUAUCUCUUCUAUAUAUUGUCUAAAAGAAGAUUUUUAA